AUGGAGACUCCAUCACGGGGCUCGGCGUCUUCGCCUGACCCUUUGAACGAACGCGAUGACGAUGCUGCAACACUUCCCAUGCUCUCGUCCGCAAGCCGGCCUAUCACGCGGAGCCAACGCUCGAACAGCAUGUACUCUCUGGAUCCUCACAACCGCAUGCACCCGUCGCGGUUCUCUUCGCCACGCAAGCAGACCUUCCACUUGGACGUGGGCAGCAAUGUCUCGCCCCAAAAGAUUCGCGUCACGGUCGAGACCGAGGACAAUGCAGCUGACGGUAUCGACGGCCAAGACAGCCUCGCCGACGACAUUCCCGACAUUGCCGAUUUUGACGAGGGGAAGGUUAGCCGCCGUCUCUUCCCUGCUUCGACGCCCGUCCCCUCCCUUCCUCUCAAAACCUCAUCCGCCGCCGCACCGGCCUCUUCAUCGCGUCGCCGCCAGAGCAGCCCCUCUCCCUCCAAGGGCUCGCCUACAAAGACCUCUGCCACCCGCCGGAAGCCUCGAUUGUCGACCACGAUGACCACUAAAGUGCCCCUGCGCGGCCUCUCCGACGACGAAGGUGAGGAUGCUUCCGAGACGACUGGCAUUGCCGCUACCCCCAAGCCCAAGCGUGGCCGGCCCCGUCGCUCCGGAACUCCGAAGCCCCUGACCACAAUCGUUGAGCCGUCUAGCCCCAUAAGUGCGACUUCUGCUUCUGCUGCCAAGGUUGCCUCGUCGCCCUUGAAGCGCGGUCGCAAACCAAGAGCCGCGACGCCCAAGGCAGAAGAGACAACAGGCGAUGAGCUUGCAUCCGUCGAAGCUACACCCGCUUUGUCCAGCCCGGCCAAGCGCACACCCAGAGCCGCACGCAAGACCGCCACCCCCAAGGCCACCCCGAAGGCUACCCCCAAGAGCGCCCCUAAGAGCACUCCUAAGCGCACACCGAAGCGUACUGCUAGCUCCGCUUUCUCGGGAAGCGAAGCGGAGUCUGCCUCGGAAUCGCGUCCCACCAAGCGUGGCCGUGGUCGCCCUCGCAAGGCUAUGGUCCCUGACGAGAUGGCUGCUAUAGCAGAGAAUGUGCACGAGGAGCAACUGCAGGAGGAACGAUUGGCCACGCAGCCGCCCAACGGGCCACGGGCUGAAGAACCCCAGAAGCGAGCGGAACUUGGCGUUUUCGCAGAUGGAACUGCAUCGGCCUCCCCGGACCCUAUUAUGGACGACUCCGAUGCAAUCACUGCGCAUCCCUUGCAUGCCCCGACCCCGAACACGAUUCGCAGAAUGCGGGUGGCUGUCUCUCCCGCGCCGACUACUCUCUCGUCCGUCGACCUGAUCAGCGUCCAGACGCCUGCCCGGCCCACUUUUGACACCGAGCCCGCUAGUAUCGUUGACGACGAAGAGAAGCAUGAUGGGGACGAUCUCGAGCGAACGUCUGCCGAUGCUGAUGAUACUGCUGAUGCCCCCGCUGCAGCCGACCAGGAUUCCGGUGAGGACUUUGCCUAUGGAGCACCGUCUGCCGAUGACUACUUUAGCGACAACGGAUUCGGAAACUAUGAUAUCCCUGAAACAUUUGAUCACAGCGAUGACGCCGUGGAGACUGCUUCUAUCAAUGCCACGUCACCUGCCCCUGUCACAGGCGGUGUUCAUGAAGAAGAGGUGCAGACCACUCACACAGCGCACAGCGCAACCGUUACCCUUGUGGAGACCGCCGAUGUCACAGACCAACCCGGUGAAGACAUCAUUGACCAGGCUGCCCCCCCUAACCAAAGUGACUCUGAGGAUGAGCUUGCUCCUCCAAUUGUCUCCCAUAGUGAUGCCAUUGAGAGUACCACCGAUGCGCCGGUCUACAGCGAGGACCUCCACACUGCCACACCCCGAGUCGCUCAAGCACGUGUUCUCAUCACUCCAGACACACUGUCGUCUCCCAUGAUGGAGGCGCCUACUUUAACCAUCACCAAUAUCAUGUACACUGGUGCCCUAGCGGAAGAAGAACAAGCUGCUGAGGCCAGCAUACCCCCCGCCGCUGCCGAACGCGUCCAAGAUGACACCUUAGUUACGGGCAACCGCAAGAAUGGUCCCCCUUCGCGCAGCCCAGAUUCGCAACAUAGUCGUAGUGAUCAGGCACAUCCCGAUGACAGGAUGCUCUUCUCCAGCGUGGAAUCACCCUUCGGUCAUGAAGCCUCUAACCUCCGUGAUGCCCAGCUGGCACAGAGCGAUGUGACCGCCCCCGAUAGCGAAGGUGACGACGUCGACGCUGUCCUCCUUGGAAGUACUCAUGACAACGAAGCUGAUUCGGACGCCGAGUCUGAAUUGGCAGGCGCUGCUCCCAAUGUUCGCGACAUGGACACCAUUGCCCAGGGUGAGGACUUCAGCAUGAUUGGCGUCGAGUCGCUGCAAACUAGCUUCCGUACGUCCAACGAUGAAAUGCCCGCAAUGGGCGAGAUGACCAGCCGCAUUGUCAACCGCUCUCUCCAAUCCGUCCGCCAAGGCAACCAGCCCACUGAGGCCCACGACAACGAUGGGCUUAGCUACCUGGACUUCAUCUAUCAGUCCGACUCCCCCGCUCCCGCCUCCGUCCCCGCGUCCGCUGCAAAGUCGUCCCAGAUCACGCAGAGCGCGACCCUCUCAACUCACACAAGAGAGAAUGCGACUGUGCAACAAUCUUCGCCCGAGGCGAAGUCCGAUUCUCCCCGCAAGAAGGACGAGUCUCUGCGGGAGGUCAUUGCGCGGAAGUCGCUCCUUGACGCACAUGGCCCAUCCGCUACUCCUCGUGUUGUCGCUUCUGUUGAUAAAGCCCCCAAACCGGCCAAUCCAGAACCUCAGCAGCAGUUUAACAACCAGGAGUAUGACGACUCCUUUUCGGAGAUUCCAGACUCUGUGCUUGAAGCGGCGGUCCCGCAGACCAUUACAUCCACCACUCCUUUCUUCUCUCGGCACCAAGCUGAGCUCACUGGACAGUUCGCCAUGGGCAGUGCCCGUGCUAACGCCAACGUCGAAGCCGUCGAGCCGCACCAUGAAGGCCAAAGCAGCCCCAUUGACGCCACAGCUGAGAAUGACUAUCAAGCCGCACAUAGCCAACCGGACGUGGAAGCAGAAAUUACCUCGUCGCCCCCCAUCCACUUCGCUCGUGCCCAGCACGCUGCUAUCUCUGAGCAAGCUGCCCAGCGUCCACGCCUCUUGCACGAGAUCCGAACAACUCCCGUGGCGUUCCAGUCGCCGCGCUACCCCGUCACUGCUGACCAGAACGACUACCUCCGUGUCCCCUCUGAAGGCUUUCGUCCUAGUCUUUCCCCCAUUGUUCGUGCAGGUCGUGCUCUGCAGAAUGUCACUUCCGACCCACCAACGCCCAAGGAGAAUGAAGGCUUUUUGCGCAGUCCCUUCCGCAGCUCAGUUGCUAGAGACACCCAGUCGCCCGCAGCAGCCCAAGGCCAUGACUCUAGCAGUCCUCAGCCUGCUGCUGACGAGGGCCCUAUUCAGGACCAGCUUCUCCGCGAGCAAGGAAGUGAGGAGGACGAUGAAGUUGCUGGCCAUGCGGAACAAGUUACUCUUCACACGGACGCUACGGACGUUAUAAGCCCUACUGUUGCUGAAGAUGACAACGUCGGGGAUGAUAACGUCGAGGAUGACAACGCUGUAGGUGCCAUUAGUAAAGAAGACGAUCAAGACGAUCAAGACGAUCAAGACGAUCAAGACGAUCAAGACGAUCAAGACGAGGAAAGCGAGCACGAGGAAGUGGUUGACGAGGAGCCCAAUGAGGGGCCCCAGGCGAUUACCCCGUCACAACAGUCGCAUCCAGCCGCCACUACGACCCAGCAAUCUCCAGCCUCCAUGCCAAGAGCUGCAUGGAACAUGGCCAAGGCACCCUUUUCCGGAUUCAAGAACCUCGUCUUGAACGGCGCACAGGUCAUCUCGCCCCGUCUUUCAGUCUCUGCUCCCGAUUCUGGCUCUCCAGCCUCUCUUCCACCUUCGACCCCCGGUGGUGUUCAAGGUAUCUCACCAACUCCGGCAGCCCGGCCUGCGCAAGCGUCUCCGCAGAAGCGUACUGCGUCCGAGGCAGAACUCGACGCUCAGCCCAGAAGCUCUGGUCUGCCCGGUCCGCGCACCGUCAAGCGCCUACGCAUGCAGACUCCGGCCCGUGCUAACAACGUGCAACCUGGCUCUGGCAGCGACACGAACCGAUCCUGGCGGUCCUACAUUUUUAGGGAGAAUAGCGUCGCCGGCUCGAUUACUGGUUUUGCUACGAAGCUGAUCUCUCGGACGCCCCGCAAUGAUAACCACCACCGCGAGACUGAGACUAGUGCCGAUACCGAGGCCAAUGCCCAAGUCGAAACAAAUUCUGAGGAUAUUGAGAUCAGUACUGGCAACGAGGCCGCAGUUGAUGCUGAGGACAACAUGGACGUUAAUAUCGUCUCCUUGGCUGAAGCUGAUGUUGACGCCGAGGACAACAUGGUUAUUAACACCGCCGCGCUUCCCGAUAUCAACACCACAUCUGAGAGCAGACCCAAGGCGACUCUACUGACCAGCGAAGCGAACUCGACUCAGUACGGUUCCGAUGCUAUAAUGUCGAUGAUCAACGACAUCAGUGGCGAGGGUCAAGAUGUUCAUGCCAUAACUGAGAUUGAGCCUGAUAGACAAUCCGCCCAAAGCGAGCGGGACGUGCAAGACGAAGACGACGUGGGCAUGGAUACCUUCAUUCCUGGCGAGCAGGCCCAGAUCCAUGUGGAAGCGUAUCCGUCGGAACAUUUCGACGACGACGUCGACAUUUGGGCCAUUGAGGCAGAGCGUACGACCCGAUUUGCCUCGACGAAGUUGCAGCAGCAUCAACCCAUCGUUGUUCCCCGCUCAUCUGAACGAUCUGCUCCCAUUGCUGAAAGUUCGCCGAUGCGGGAUCCUAGGGUCACUCGCAUCCAAGGACAGGAAGCAAGACGUGCUGCACGGAAGCAAUGGCCUGCCCCAGCGGCGCUUGGUUAUGACCCUGACCGCGAGAAGUCUCUUGUCGAGGAGGACAGUGUCGAAAAUGAGGAGGCAGACGAGCUCCAAGGCCCAUCGUCUUCAGUUAAAAACUCACCUCGUCCGGCCGGUCGCUUCAAUCUCGAUGACUUUUUCUCGUCCCCGGUCGCCCUGCCACGCCAAUUGCCGCCUACGUCGAAGAAGAACAUCCAGUACAAUGAGGAGAGCCGCCGCCAAGCUAUGGAGCAGUUCCUUGAGCACGAGCGCCGGCGUGAGGCACGCGAGGCCCUGCCCCAGUCCGCCACCGUACAGAAGCAGAAGCAGAGCCGCCUAGUAGCUCCUCCUCGAACAGCCAAUCGCUCCUUUGUCUCCUCUUCUGAGCCAGACCUCAACGAGCAGCCAGAUUCCAUUGGAGAGCUGGCUGCUACGAAUCCUCCUAGCGAGCCCAUUCCCGAGGCCGCUACACCUACUCCGGAGGCAGAUGCGCUCGGCGCGCUGCCUCCCACCAAUCCUAUGACGUCCAACAAGAAGGCGUCACCUGCUACUCCUGCUUCUGCUGACUCCCGGCAGCUGCAGCUCGGCAGCGGACGCAGCCGUUCGUCUAGAGGAAGCCGGCCUUCUGAAGGUGACCGCAUCAUUGAAGAGGAGGAUGCCCUUGAACAACUUCCUGCGAAUCCUAGUGAAAUUCGCAGGCGUUUCUUGCAAAACUUCAAGGCCAGUACUACGGUCACGGCCAAAACAUCCAGCGUUGCCUCGGCAUCUUCCCCCCCUGUUGCUUCUGCUGCCACCGCCGACCAGCUGGCCGCCGACCGCCAAUCCCCAGAGACGGCGUCUGGGUCCAAAGAGAACCAGCCUCCUGCCUCGGAAUCUCGCCACUCACGGCCACUCGUCGACUCUCCUGUCGCAUCACCUGUCGGGUCGCCUGAAAUUUCGCCACUAGGCUUACCUGCACCGGUCAACCAAGAGCUAGUGGCUCUCAUGUCUUCCGAGGCGCCCCGGAAACGGUUUAUGUUCAGUCGACCGAGCUUGGCUCACCCGAGCCUUGCCCGCCCACCACGCACAGAACGCAACAGCUCGCUGCAGUUCAUCACGCCAAAAAAGCCUGCACCCCAACCAGUCAAGUCGACGGCGGCGCAGAAUGAGCCAGUGCGAUGGGGCCGCUCGGCCAGCCAACAACAGGAAAGUCGUGCCCUGGAAGUAGCCCAGGACAGACAGGCCGGAGCCCAACCUGCGAGCUUCAACGACGGACCCCGUACCUCGUUCACCCCACAGACUGACGCCCCAAGCGACGAUGUCGAACAGUCUCCCCAGAGCUUAGGAGGUGACGACAGCUACCUUUCACAGGAGCAGUCGGGGGUGAAUGAGGAGGAGCAAGAGGAGGAGUCCUCGUUCGUGACACCGUUGCUAAAGCCGCUGCCGGCAAAGUCCGCGUCACCGACCAAGUCGUGCUUGCGGCCAACGACAAAGCCUAAAACGCCGGGCCGCGUUGUUGAGUUUACAAGCAGCACGAUGGCCGGCGCGAGCCAGGAAAUUGCAGCGGUACGGGAGAGUCUAGACGCAACCGACCUCGAAUUUGCUGAGCACUUUCAGCUCGACACAGAUAAUCGCCUGCCCUCGCCGGUCCUCACCGAACGCCCCGCAACGGAAGCCAACAUCGAACGGGUCGGUGAGGAUGGAGACGUCCGCAUGUGGGACCGUAAGGAGGUUUCGCAGCAGGAAAGCCAAGGCCGGGGUUACGUUGUUGACCGGACGGUGUCCGACAUCAUGCUCGCAGACACCCACCAGAUCAGCGUAACCCGGCCCUACCAUCCAGUCCCGCAGACCUCGGCGGCUGCAGCGGUGGCGGGCGAGGGGUUUUUCUUCCCCUCAAACGCCAUCGUGUACGCCCCUUGGGAAGCUCCCGCCAAGAACAUACCUUUGCCGGGUCGAGCUUGGCAGCUCGAGGACUGGGUGGAGCUCAACAAUGUGCUCCAGACCUACCGGCGCGAGGGCAAGGCCGACUUCGUGUCGAACCAUCUGCUGGCACACCUGAGGGACGUCCGCAAGCAUCCGGAAUGGCCGGUCCCGGAGCGGGCAACAAAGGCGUCAGCUGAUUUGCUCCACAAAGUGGUGCACACUGACCGCAUUGCGAUGCUGAUUAAGAGUUGGCAUCUCGACGUGGUCGACGUCUUUGCGCUCCGGGCCGGCCGAAUCUGGAACGAGCACUACCUGGUGCGGCGUCUCUUCUCACUGUUAAUCAGUGAGGAGAGCCGUGGUGCCUUCAAACCUUGGCGGCGGAGGCCCUAG